CGUUGUGCUACUUGAAGGUCGACACAGGACUUGCUGCGCGCUGGGACGAGUUCGGUGCGCACACACAACACAACGUUUGUUUGGCUGAACGGCGUGGCUGGAUAACGUUUGCUGAACGGCGUGGCACCAUGCUUAACGCUGUCAAGGAGCGCAACCUACACACCCUGCUCACAGACGGCGCACUCCAGGCGUUCGAUGCCGUGCUUCGAACGCCCGUCUACUAUGAACAGCUGGUGGACAUCCUGUUGCAGCCAGAUGAAGGAGAGAAGCACUUUGCCCUCAAGAUUGACGCACGCACAAUGCUUGAGGAUGCAGUCGAUGCGUUCCAUGGCGUGUACAUGUACCCUUGCCAAUACCUUCCCGUGCUUGAGGAGCGUGUGUUUAUGAUGCAGCGGCAACUCCUGGCUGAGCACGAACUGCGAGAACAGAUGACGUUCAAGCAGAAUGUGCACAUCCGCUUGUAUUCGCUCCUCAACAAAGACUUUCGAGGGGUGCGCGUUCCUCGUGCCUCCAGCGCAGAGAAGCUUACCGUGUUCCAAGGGACGGUGAUUCGCGUGACGACGGUGAAGAUGCUGGAAUACGAGCGGGAGUACAUCUGCAGCAAGUGCAAGCAUGUUUUCACACAGCAGGCUGAGUUUGAGCAGCACUAUGCAAUACCAAAGCCGUCGCUCUGCCCAAACUCAGUGGAGGGCGUGCCUUGCGAUUCAACGAAAUUCACUCCCCUGGACGACAGCGCCGACCCACAGGCGUGUCGAGACUACCAGGAGAUUAAGAUCCAGGAGCAGGUGCAGCGGCUCGCCGUCGGCACAAUUCCGCGCUCAAUCUGGGCCGUUCUCGAGAUGGACUUGGUUGACGCGUGCAAGGCUGGCGACGACGUGACCGUCACCGGCAUCGUCAAACGACGGUGGAACCCCGUCAGGCUCGACGUCAGAUGCGAUAUUGAGACGGUGUUGCUUGCGAACAACGUCGAAGUCAACAACAACGAGGAGAGCACGUUUCGCGUCACAGAUGAAAUGCGGCUGCUGUUCCAGGAGCACUGGCGCGACUACGUGGACCGGCCUCUCUCUGGCCGAAACAAAAUCAUUGGCUCGUUUUGUCCACAGGUGUUUGGGAUGUAUGUUGUGAAGCUUGCUGUGAUGCUUGUUGUCAUUGGGGGCGUGCCGCGGGUCGACCCAUCCGGCUCACGGACCAGGGGCGAGUCACACAUGCUGCUGGUUGGUGAUCCUGGCACGGGCAAGAGCCAGUUCCUGAAGUACGCUGCCAAGCUGACGCCGCGCUCUGUCAUCACGACGGGUGUCGGCUCAACCAGCGCCGGUCUCACCGUCACCGCCGUCAAGGACGGAGGCGAGUGGACGCUCGAGGCUGGGGCGCUGGUGCUGGCUGACGGGGGGCUGUGCUGCAUUGACGAGUUCAACGGCAUCCGCGGUCACGAUCGAAGCUCCAUCCACGAGGCCAUGGAGCAGCAAACAUUGAGCGUUGCAAAAGCGGGGCUGGUCUGCAAGCUCAACACACGCACGUCCGUCCUCGCAGCAACAAAUCCAAAGGGCACGUUUGAUCCGGAUCAGAGUCUGAGCGUGAAUGUGGCGCUGGCGUCGCCGCUUCUCUCGCGCUUCGACAUCAUCCUCGUGCUCAUGGAUACAAAGAAUCCGGAGUGGGACGCGGUUGUGUCGUCGUUUAUUCUUCACCAACGCACAUCCUCACAUGAGGAAGGGGAGGAGAAGGAUGGCAAAGGUCUCACGUCAUGGGACAUGAUGCGCCUCAAGGCGUAUGUUGCAUAUGUGAAGACAUUGCAUCCGGUUCUCGGACCAAAAGCGGAAGCGGUGCUGGCACGAUACUACCAGAUUCAGCGCUCGGCAGAGGCGCGGUCCGCAGCCCGCACGACAAUUCGACUCCUGGAAAGCAUGGUGCGGCUGGCGCAGGCGCACGCGCGGUUGAUGUGCAGAGAGACCGUGGAACUCAUGGACGCCAUCGCCGCCCUAACCAUCAUCGAAUCCUCCAUGCAGGGCGGCGCACUGCUGGGCACGUUCAGUCCACUGCACUCUGCGUUUCCAAAAGACGCAGAGGCAGAAUAUCUUCGCCAGGAGCGCUUGAUCCUCGAGCGCCUGGGUCUCUCCCACCUUGGAGAGAACUACCCGUUCCGCCACGCCCCAAACUCGCCCCACAAAUCACAACAGCAGCGGCAACAACAGCAGCACGACCAGCCAGAUGACAACCACAAUCACGACGAUGAUGAUGAUGGCGGUGGUGGUGCCCAUUUUCCGCCGAAUGCGGUGCCGCCAACACAGGGGCCGCUGUGGCCACAGGGCGGCACGAGCUCGACUGAAUCCAGUCCCGUGCGGCCGCGACGGACACAGCCAUCACAGCCACCGUCAUCACACCAGCCGCACCAACACCUUGACCAGGAGCAUGCCAGUGGCCUGUCUUCGCACAGCCGCCGCCCAUCGCAGUACAAGAGGAGAAGCAGCGGUGUGGACAGACGCGCACGCAAACGCGCCAUGAUCGUUUCUGGACAGAUGUUCUCGGAUGAUGAUGACGACGGCGACGACGAUGAUGAUUUUGAUGAUAUGGGAGCCACACGUGUUGGGCGUGGCGGCGGCGGCCGUGGGUCUGGUCGUGUGGGGUCGAGGAGAGAUGAUGCUGCUCGCCCGCCGACGCCGAUUGCGUCGAGCCUGCGAGAACCUGGAGGCGCGGCUGGAACUGGUGGUCAUGAUGACGACGAUCACGAUGAUGACGACGGCAGUGGUCGCAGCAGCACGCCGUUCAGCCAAAAGAGCGCGCACUCACAGGAGCAAGCACGGCAGCGCCGACAGGGACACGUGCCUGCACCCCACGGGCGGCUGGCGUCGCAGCGCGGGCGCGCGGUGGCGACCAAGGCGAUGAUGAGGAAAAUGGGCCCUGGUGGCGUGGGCGAGCUAUCGCAAUCAAGCGCAGUGACUGCUGCUGUCGGUGGUGGCGGCGGCAACAGGGGAGACGGUGAUUGUGGGAUGCCGCUGCUGACGCCGGGCCAGAGCUCGUGCGCUGCGGAGAGCGAGAGGAUGGCCGUGGGCGAUGCCGAUGAUGAUGCUGAGGAGGAGGCGAUGCUAAGGAUGAUGAUGGGAGGGGACGAAGGAGGAGGAGAAGGUGGUGGCGAGGACGACGGUGUGGCGGCGAAGGCAGAGACGAGGCAGCCACAGCCACAGCCGCAAGCACCACGCGCAAGAGACAACAACAGCAACAACAGCAACAACAACAACAACAACAACAACAACAACAACAACAACAACAACAACAACAACAACAACAACAGCAACAACAAGAGCAGUGGCGGCGAGGCGAAUAACGCUGGCAAUGACACCACCACUGCCCCUACCGCUGGCACCACGUCUGCAAACGUGCACGCAAAGUCGCUUGAGCGUGCAUUGGAUGGGUUGUCGUCGUUUGAGUAUGCACGUGCAGACGGAAGUGGCCGACAGCGGCUGCGGCGACAGGACAGCCACAACCGGGGCGGCAGCGAUGGCGGUGACGAUGGUGGUGGACAGCAGGUCGUGAAGAAUGCCGAAAGCAGCGGUGACAAGCACGUUGUCUUUGCAGUGGAUGUAUCAACGACAGCAGCAACAGCAGCAACAACGGCAACAUCAAUGGCGACAGCGACAGCAGAAAUGACGGCUGGUGUCACGGCAACAGUAGCUGCAGGGAACACGGUUGCUGCUGAUCACGAGACCACCACGACGGACACCGCCAUGGCCACCACCACCACCACCACCACCACUGCCACUGGUGCCAUCGCAACGGCCAACAUGAGCAGCGACUUGCUCGACGACGACGAUGAUGAUGGGCUGCUGGAGUUGUUUUUCGAGGACUAG